AUGGGUAUUGUGGACCUAGUUCCACAUAAUGAGGAGCAGGAAGAAGUACAUAAGGCUUUUGAGUUCUCCAUUAAGUUCACCAAUGGAAGAUACGAAGUGGCUCUUCCUUGGAGGCCCAUGGAGUUUCAUCUUGCUGGCAACGAGGGAGUUGCAAAGAAACCUUUGGCCAGCCUCACAAUGAAAUUGUUGAAAGAUGAGGCAAUGCUGAUGAAGUACGACGAGGCCAUACGCCAGUACCUUGAACAAGGAUUCGCCGAGCGGCUUCCGAAAAAUGCAGUAAGCAUAAAGAACAGAUCGUAUUACAUGCCUCACCGAGCUGUGUUGCGCCCUGCUAGCCAGUCAACUAGCCUCAAAGUGGUCUUUGAUGCAUCGUCGAGUGAAACCGGAUGCGUGUCACUUAAUGAAGUGUUGGAUUCAGGACCGAACUUAAACCCCGAUAUCUUAAAGGUCAUGCACAAUUUCAGAAUGCACUGCAUCAGACUCGCUGCAGAUAUCGAAAAGGCGUUUUUACAAAUAUCACUGAGGAAGGAGGAUAGAGAUGCCGCACGCUUCCUCUGGUAUGAAGAAGUACCCAGAAAGAAAAAACCUAGUCCGCCACUUGAAGCCUGGAGGAUGACAAGAGUCCCGUUCGGAGUGACUAGUAGCCCAUUUCUGCUUGCUGCCACGAUACGUCACCAUCUUGGCAUGGUGGACAGCUCUUCUGGCACAGCACGAAUACUGGCUGAGAGCUUAUACGUCGACAACCCUAUCACAGGUACCGACACGGAAUAA